UACAGUGAUAUGCAUAAAAAACAUCAAGGAUUUUCUUAGAUCAUAAAGAAAUGGCAUUUUCUCAACCUACAGAUGAAGCCCAGACACCAGCUUUGUGUCAGUUCUGUGAAGAGUCAUCAGAUCUAAGGUGGAAAUGCAUAAACUGUGAUGUAUUUAUGUGUCAACUUUGUAUAACAAAGAUUCAUAGUAAAAUUAAAUCAUCUGAUCAACAUGAAUUAAUUAAUCUUAAAGACUUUGGAAGUGAAAAUGCUGCAAGAACAAUUCAUAAGGUGAAUAUAAAAAACAUGACAUGUACAAUUCACAGUGAUCAAAUAUGCUGUGCAUUCUGUACAGAUUGUGACAAACCAGUUUGUAUAAACUGUUUAAUUGAGUCCCAUCAAAAACACAAAUAUAGAACACUGAAUGAAGUUUAUGAUACGGCCAUUUCUGAAAUGAAGGAAUUACAAAAUAAACUUGAAACUUGUCUUCAAUUUUUUGGUGACCAAAAGGAAAGACUAGAAAAACUACUUCUAGAUGGUGAUAAAAAAUACCAAGAAAUAAAAGAUAAAAUUCUACUAAAUGAGAAGAAAAUGAUAGAAACAGUAUCAAAAUAUGCCAAAGAACUUUUACAGGAACUUGAAUCAAAAUGGAAGCCUACCGAAAAUAAGAUCAAAACAGAACUCUCUGCCGCGCAGAAGACCGAAGAAGACUUAAUAGCAAGGGAAGAAAAUUUGAAGAAGACCUUGCAGUCUCAUCAAGCUUCAGAAAUUUUCUCUUCAAGAAAAAAGCUGGAUAAGACUUUGCCAAAAAAAUCAGAAGAAAGAAUUAACUGUGACAUUCUUAAAACAAAAUUUAUUUCUGGAAAUAUAUUCGAAAAACAAAACACAAGAAGUACGAUAUUUGGUGACCUGUAUGCAGUUCCUGAUUUAGAACUAGUCAGUACCUAUCAAAGUGAUCUUCGAAAUGUACUGGACAUACUUAAUUGUGAUAACAAAACUGCAUUCAUUGCAUGCUAUACUGAGAAAAAACUACAAAAAGUAAAAUUUGAGGAAAAUAAUAUCAAAGUAGAGGAAAACCUUAGUAUAUCUGUACUUACUAUGGCAAAAUUAAAUAAUAAUGACAUUCUUUUGUCAACAGGGGAAAGUGAACUACAAGUUUAUUCUAUUGAUAAACAGUUUAAAACAUUUAAGUCCUUUUCUCCCUUAAAAUCUGUAAGUGUUCAUGUUUCUAAAAACAAUAAAAUAUUUGUGGGGUUGACUGCAAGCUAUCCUGUCACAUAUCCCGCUACAGAAGACAGUGUGGGAAGAGUGGUGGUUCUUAAUCAGGAUGCAGACCUUCAAUAUACCUAUGAAUAUGACAAAGAUAAUCAGAGACUGUUAACAUCACCACGGAGAAUAAUAACCUUGAAUGACAAUAUUUACAUAAUUGAUAGUGUAAAUGAAAAUAGGGAAGGGAGGGCAGUGGUGUUAGACUAUGGGGGAAAACUGCUGUGGACAUAUAAUGGUUGUGAUAUCAAGUUAGAUUCAGCAAAAUUUUAUCCUAUUGACAUAUCAGCAACAUCUUCUGGUAUGAUUUUAGUUUCAGAUCAAUACAAUCAUACUAUACAUGUUUUAAAUUCUGCUGGGGAAGUUAUUGUAUGUAAGAAUGUAAAAGCCUUAGGGAUUGAAUUACCACUUAGUCUUAGUAUUGACAAAGAUGGAAUUUUGUGGAUUAGCUGCAAUUCAUGGACAGCUGACAAAGAAAGUAAAGGGAAAAUAUUUGCUGUAAAACUAUUUUAGUCCACAUCUUUUUUAAGUAAAUAUUGGUUGAUAAUUUUGUGACACAGAAUAUAUUUUAUGUAUACAAUCUGACUUUUGGCUGAAUUAACUAAUUACCCUGGUAAUGGGAAUACCAGGGUUGGCAAAGUAUUACCCGGGCCCGGGUUUUCCCGGGCUGGGCAAUACUCCUAGAAAGGGGCAAUACUGGGCAAUACGAUUUUUCAAACUUAUUUUUACACAAAAUAGUAAAGACUUGUUGUGGUUUAAUAGUAUUAUAGCUAAAUAUAUACAUUUUAUACAGAUAACCAUUGAGAGUCAAUCCUGAUGAUUGAAAAUUCAAUUUCUUCCUUUUCUCCACUAAUUCUAUGUAGGCAGAAUACAAGUUUUGGACAUUUCAGGAUACCUUGUUAAUUUCCAAGCUUUGUUUCAAUAUAAAUUCAAGUUGAAAAAAUGCAUUAUAUUGCAGUGUUUAAGUGAAUUGUAAAUUUUAAUUGUUAUACAAUCAUAUUGCUAAAUAAACACCCUAUGUGGA